AUGCCCCUCCUCAUGGUGCACAGCCGGCAGAUCAGCUGGACUCUGCUGCUGGUACUGGGAUAUCUCUCUUACCUCCUCCUGGGCGCUAUGGUGUUCCAGUUCCUGGAGAAACAGGCAGAGGCCCACUCUCGGGACCAGUUCCAGCUGGAGAAGCUCAAGUUCCUGCAGAACUACACAUGCUUGGACAGGCAAGCCCUGGAGCAGUUUGUGCAGGUGCUCAUGGAAGCAUGGGAAAAAGGGGUUAACCCAGAAGGAAACUCUACCAAUCCCAGCAACUGGGACUUUGGCAACUCCUUCUUCUUUGCAGGAACUGUUGUUACCACUAUAGGUUACGGUAACCUGGCCCCCAGCACAGUGGCAGGGCAGGUAUUCUGUGUGUUUUAUGCCUUAUUUGGAGUGCCACUCAACCUGGCCUUCCUUAAUCAGUUGGGAAAAGGACUCAAUGCUCAUCUGAUUACUCUGGAAAGAUGGGUGCACAAGCCAGGCCGUGCCCAGGUGGUUCAGACGCUGGCAGUGGCCGUCUUCCUGACCACUGGGACCUUGCUUUUUCUGGUGUUCCCACCACUGGUCUUCAGUUAUGUAGAAGGCUGGAGCUAUGGAGAAGGCUUUUAUUUCACCUUCAUCACCCUCAGCACCAUUGGAUUUGGGGACUAUGUAGUAGGCACAGACCCCAAUAAGCACUAUAUCCCGGUAUACAGGAGCCUAACUGCAAUUUGGAUUGUUUUUGGUUUGGCCUGGCUGGCUCUGGUCUUCAAUGUGGGAGCUGACAUGAUGGAAAAAUUCCUCCAGCUAAAGUGGCACAAGCCUAACUUAGGCUUGGCAGAAGGAGCUGCCACCAAAUUGGAAGAGGAACCUGAUGGGCCUAGAAUCCACAUACCUAGCUGA